AUGAGUUUUGGAUACUUUUUGGCUUUCAUGCAACCCACCAAAGAGCUCACCGACCAAAGACGCCUCUUUCAAAAAUCCAUAGGUCCUCGUGGGGUAGAGGAAUAUGAUUCAUUCCUCAUCCACGGUUCAUCGGAACUCUUGCAGGGACUCGACGGCUUUUCUGGCCAACCCAUGGAUGUACUAGUCAAGACGCUUGGGAAUGCACUCACACGAAUCGCCUAUGGCGAGCACUUUUUCCAACAUCACGGGGAGGAGAUCAUCGAGAAAAAUGUAGAGGCCCUAGAGCUGCUCUCCUGGGCCGUAACCAAGUUCUGGUUGGUCGAUCUAAUACCUGCUCUGCGUUACAUUCCGGCAUGGUUCCCAGGAGCAAACUUCAAACAUGUCGGUAACAAAGGAAAGAACUGUGCAGACACAAUUAGGUACUGGCCCAUUGAUCGGGUAAAUGCUGCCAGCUCCAAGGGAAUUUCGGACAAUUCCAUUCUUUCCAAAUAUCGAAAUGAAGGUGGUUUCUCAGAAGAGAGCGUUCGAGAUGCAGUUGCCAUUAUGUACAUUGGAGGGAUCGACACGACAACUGCUACAGUUACACACUUUCUUUUCAGUAUUACCUUGUACUCCAAUUGGCAAAAGCUGAUUCAAGAAGAAAUGGAUCAAGUACUCGGACGUGGUACCAUACCGACAAUUGAAGACAUUCCGAAGUUGAAAAUAUUCAACGCUGUUUUCAAGGAGUCCCUUCGAUGGAUCCCAGCUGCCCCAAUAGGCCUUCCGCAUGUAAGCUCGAAGGAGGAUGUCUGGAAUGGAUAUUACAUUCCAAGGGGCUCUAUAGUCCAUUGCAAUAUCGGGUUCGUAUGGAAGCCAUGA